GGGUGCGUGCCGUUUUAUUCGACGUGUGAACCCGGGCUAAUCGAUCUGCCGAGACAAAAGUUGGUCGCCGAGAAACGAGCAUCGAGUGUCGCGCGAGCGCCCUUUGCGAACCUCUAUCGAGGACAUGUCACCGUGUGGGAGGGCAUAUUAGCGUAGCGAACAUUUUCAUCGGAUUUCACGAGAACAGAAGUCGAAGGGAAGGCUGGGAUGUGUGUACGCGUUGACAAGUGAGGCACUGUUCAUCGGCGUACGUCGAUUCGAUGGAACCAGCGCCGAUUCGUCGAUCGAUUCACCUCGCGGAGGAAUGCUGCUAAGUUUAUUUAGGUUGACCAUGAUCGUAUCGCUACUAAUCAGCGCAGUCUGCAUCGAAGCUCGCGUCGAAUCUCGAGAAAGCAAAGCCGUGGCUGAAGCGAGUCGGGGCGAUCCGUUUGCGAGCGAGGAUCGAAGUUCUAUCGAGCGGAAAAGACAUUUAAGUCGGAAUAGCAGGAUGUCCAGCGAGCAUAAUUCGAGGCUGCACGGUGUGCACGCGAUGGAUGGCAGAGUCUCUAGGUCCGGCAACGAAAAUUUGGCAAGGAAGAUGGCCAAGGAUGCUCUCAAGUCGCCGAAAAUGCAGGAAACCAUGAAGAAGCUGUCCCGGGGAGGGGAUCCUAAGCAGAAGAAGCUGUUCGUGUCCGUGAAGGUGCCAUCUCCUCCGAAAGGCGGUUCCAGAUUGGCGGGAAACUCUAAUCAAAGUGGUCGCCAAUCGGAGUCAAAGGGCAGAAGAAAGAAGAAGAAAAAAAGGCAUGCUUGA